UGUACCAAAAAAAUUGUAUAAUUUUCGUGCGCAUACAAGUUGAAGUUAUUGCAUACCGAUUGGUAAAAGGGGGAAAGCACAGAGCAACUCUUCCAGCUUCUGCCUUGUUCUCUCGGAGGACAGAAAUCAGAAAUCUGUCACGAUGGCGUUGCAAGAAAAGCUUGACAGGUUCAAAAGGCAGCAAGAGAAGUGUCAAUCGACCCUCACCAGCAUUGCAUCUACCAAGGCUUCUGCUACACAAAAUGGCCGAAGAACACCGACACCAACACCACCCGCUCCUGUUCCUGUCAAAUUCUCCAACGAUACUGAGAGACUUCAGCAUAUUAACAGUAUACGUAAAGCCCCCGUUGGAGCUCAGAUGAAGCGUGUUAUUGCUCUCCUAUUUGAGUCUCGACAGGCUUUCACAAUGGAGCAAAUAAAUGAAGCAUGCUAUGUGGACAUGAGAGCUAACAAAGAUGUUUUUGACAGUAUGAGGAAAAACCCGAAAGUCAAAUUUGAUGGGGAGAAAUUCUCUUACAAGUCAAAGCAUGAUCUUAGGGACAAAAAAGAGCUGCUCUUUCUGAUACGCAAGUUUCCAGAGGGCAUUGCUGUUAUUGACCUAAAGGAUUCUUACCCAACUGUGUUGGAGGACUUGCAGGCUUUGAAAGCUGCAAGGGAGAUUUGGCUGCUGUCCAACUUUGAUUCCCAGGAAGACAUUGCCUACCCUAAUGAUCCUAAAGUUCCCAUUAAGGUGGAUGAUGACCUAAAACAGCUUUUCCGGGGGAUUGAAUUGCCUCGUGAUAUGAUUGAUAUUGAGAGGGAUCUCCAAAAAAACGGAAUGAAGCCUGCUACUAACACAGCAAAGAGAAGGAGUGCAGCGCAAAUGCAAGGCAUUUCUUCCAAGCCUAAACCUAAGAAGAAGAAGAAUGAAAUCACCAAGAGGACCAAGCUGACUAAUGCCCAUCUUCCAGAGCUUUUUCAGAACUUAAAAGAUUCUUGACUUAAGAUCCAUAGCAACUAAGUCAGUGAAUUCCCAAAGAUCAUUUAUUGUCGCAAAAUAUAUCAUGUAUUCAGAUGGAUAUGUGUUUUUACUGUAUGAGCAAACUGCUUCUUGUAUUUUAUGUACCCAAUUAGGCGAGGGGAAAUAAUAUUUAAGAGUGGAAGGCACAAUGCAAAGUCAAGGCAUUCCUUCUAGUUUCUACAAACAAGAUUCUAAAGCAAAAAGGCAAAGGUGUUUGUAACCCAUCUCCUGGUGGGUUUUCUAAACUCAUACAUAUUGUUUAACCAAGGACAGAAAAUGGCGGAACAAGUUGGCAAACUUGAUCAUUUAGCAGAGUGUGUAAAUAUUGAGGAGAUUCUCAUUCAUAUGUCCUGCUCAUGGCAACAAUGUUCUAUAUACUUUUUUAAUAUGUUAAGGCUGCAUAGUUCCUCUUUUGGGGUUUUAUGACUCAGCCUUAUGGGAUGUUGUGAUUUAUUGCUACUUUCAUUAUUUCAUAUACAUAUAUGGUGUAAAAUGCAUAUUACAUUCCCUAAAGUUUUACCUAUUUACACCUUUAGUGCCAAA